AUGGCGGCGACUGGAUCGGGCAGCGGCGGCAGACAGAAUGAGGAGGCGAGGCGGCGGUGGAGCCUGGCCGGCAAGACGGCACUCGUCACCGGAGGAACCAAAGGCAUCGGGCUUGCGAUCGUGGAGGAGCUGGCGAGCCUUGGCGCCAGGGUGCACACCUGCUCCCGCACCGCCGGCGACCUGGACGCAUGCCGUCGCCGGUGGGCCGACAAGGGCGCUGGCGACAACGUGAUCACCACCUCCGUCUGCGACGUGUCCUCGGAACGCGACAGGGAGAACCUGGUCGCCACCGUGCGCGACCUCUUCGGCGGCAGCCUCCACAUCCUUGUCAACAACGCCGGCGGGUCCCUGUACAGGCCGGCGGCGGCCACCACGCCCGACGACUACGCGCGCGUCAUGGCCACCAACCUCGAUUCGUGCUUCCACCUUAGCCGCCUCGCCCACCCGCUCCUCCGGCGGGUGGAGGCGGCGGACGGCGGCGCCGUGGUGGUACACAUGUCCUCCGUGGCGGCCUUCGUCGCGUACCCGGCGCUGUCCGCCUACUCGGUCAGCAAGGGUGCCCUGCAGCCUCUCACAAGGAGCCUCGCCGCCGAGUGGGCGCCGCACGGUGUCCGCGUCAACUGCGUCGCGCCGGGGGUCAUCGACAGCACGGGCAUCUCCGGCACGACGCUGGGCGACGCCGGCAGGGCGCGUAGGCUGGCGGAGAUGGAGAUGUCGCGGGUGCCCAUGCGCCGCUUCGGCACGCCGCAGGAGGUGGCCGCGCUCGUCGCCUUCCUCUGCAUGCCCGCCGCCUCCUACAUAACUGGUCAGGUCAUCUGCAUUGACGGCGGACGAACCGUUGCCGCCAAACUGUGACUGGAGUGCAAUGCAAUGCAACCUCGCUCUGUUGCCACAAUUCCAUCUGCAACUGCAAAUUCGAUAUGAUGCAAUGCAAUUUAAUUUCUUUGUCACGUUCAUGCCUAGCCAGGAUUAGAAUACAGCUGAAUAAUUAUAUAGUAGCUAGUAUAAACGAUAAGAACAAAUCCGGAAUCGAUUGUCAUCCAACAAAAUACACAAGCAAUCAAUCCUUGUCAUCCCAGACUUUAUUCAUACAGCGGCAGGAAAUUUGAUGGGCUCCAUGGGAAGUGAUAGACGCUGUGAGCUUCAACUGCCUCCAAAACCUAUCCACAGCUAGCGCAGGGUGAACAGAUGAGGGCC